AUGGCCGAGGAGCUGCCGGGGAGCCCGCCAGAGGAAACGUUGUCGCUCUGGAAACGGGAACAAGCCCGGCUGAAGGCCCGCGUCGUAGACCGGGACACGGAGGCGUGGCAGCGGGACCCCGCCUUCUCGGGCCUGCAGAGGGUCGGGGGCGUGGAUGUGUCCUUUGUGAAGGGCGACAGUGUCAGCGCCUGCGCCUCCCUAGUGGUGCUCAGCUACCCUGAGCUCAAGGUGGUGUAUGAGGACUGCCGCAUGGUGAGCCUGACGGCCCCCUACGUGUCAGGCUUCCUGGCCUUCCGAGAGGUGCCCUUCCUGGUGGACGCAGUGCGGCGGCUGCAGGAGAAGGACCCCCACCUCAUGCCCCAGGUCCUUCUUGUAGAUGGAAAUGGGGUGCUCCACCACCAAGGCUUUGGGGUGGCCUGUCACCUCGGCAUCCUCAUAGACCUGCCGUGCAUCGGGGUAGCCAAGAAACUCCUGCAAGUGGACGGGCUGGAGAACAAUGCCCUGCACAAGGAGAAGAUACGACUUCUGCGGGCCGGAGGAGACUCUUUUCCUCUGAUGGGAGGCUCUGGAACUGUCCUGGGCAUGGCCCUGAAGAGCCACGACCAUAGCACCAAGCCCCUCUACAUCUCUGUGGGCCACAAGAUCAGCCUGGAGGCGGCCGUGCGCCUGACCCUCGUCUGCUGCAGGUUCCGGGUCCCAGAGCCCGUGCGCCAGGCUGACAUCCGCUCCCGAGACUACAUCCGCAGGACCCUAGGAGUCCCCGGGCCCCCCGCCUCAGGGCGGGAGAGGAGCCAGAAGGCACAGAGGCCAAAGGCGUGCCCCCAGUGGGGCUCAGAAGAGCCUGCAGGUGAGGGCAGACCCCUCGAGGCCCACAGCCCAGGCCCCAGGACCCACCGGAAAGCCCCAGACCCAGUCACCCAGGAGCAGUAGGGCAUGGGCUGGGAGCGGAGCAGAGUGGACGCUGCAAAAAGUCUCAGGCCGCCUGCCACCCCACUCCAGCCUCGGAGCAGUAACCGGCCCUGGGGGAGUGGCCCCCACAGCACCAGAUGGGGUGCCAGGCCCCGAGGACACAGGACACAGCCGGCAGGGGUGGCUGCCCC